UAAACACCUUGCAUGCAUGAUAGGACCACUGCAACUACUUACACACGCAGAACAACAAAAUAGCAACAAAACAACAAAAACGAAACCCUAAGUAUUGAAAGUAACUGUGACAGGACAAUUUACGGAAAGUGAGGCUGUGGUUUAUUUGAUAUGGAGUAGAAUUCAUCUCAAGUUUGUUCAGCUCGGUGCAUCCAACAAGGACCCAAGACAUUCAAAAUGACAACCCUUCCUAGACUUGCUCCAACUGAGACCUGCAUUAAAACCAUUCUCCACCCAGGCAGCAGUCACGGAGAACCCCAACGAAAGUCCUUCUCUUCUAUCGGCCAUCGUGAACUAUCGAACUCAUGGGGUGGCUCGGUCACCCAUCAUGAUGGAAAACCUAUUUCUCAUACAGCCCAGGGUUUAGGGAGGUCGUUCCCCCGCUUGGAUCCCCUUCACCCGCCAAAGUACAGUCGGACUGUCGGCUUAGAGACCACAAACCCACACUUUCAGAAUGAACUGAGAUCACUGAAUAUGAAAAGAGAACAAUAUCACAAGUAUCAUAGAUCAUGGAUGAAGCCUUUCUAUGGUAGCAAGCUGGAACAAGAGGACUACAGAAAACACAUCCGGACCUCACUUAAAGACCAGAUGAGCGAGAAGGAUUCUGUUCACAAAACUUUCAUGAAGGAUCGAGUGGGGGAGAGUCAGACAGCCGUGGCUUAUGACAGAAAAUGUCUGGAUACCGACAGAGAAGCGCUCCAUAACAAGUCCCUCUACCUACACCAGUUCAGGGAUGACAACAAAAAGCUGAUGGAGAAGAAGUGGCAUGAUACACGGCAGACAAGAGAUCAUUCAAACACAGUGGAGCAGGAGCUGCUCAAGUAUAACCCUAUCAACUGGAGUCAAUCAUUGCGAUGAACAAAUGUUGUCUUAUGUUUGUGGUUUGAUUUCAGGUUUUAGUACUUUUUGUAUAUUUCCGUAUUUUGAAUUUUUCAUGAUAAUGUUUCCUGUAUUUACAUUAUUUUGUUGCAAUAUUACUUUAGAAUGUUUUUUUUUUGUGAAGGUUGUGUAUCCAUAAGGUAUGUUUCAGGUUGAAUGUACAAUGUACAUGUAUGAGUGUAGAUAGGCAUCUUUUUUCUUUUAUUGAAAUGUACGAAACUGAACAAGAUGGAAUAAAAAUUGUAUAAGGCUAUAAGAACAAAAUAAGGAUUAUUCGACUAUUCAUUUGUUUUACUAAGAUGUCAGUUACAAAUUGCUGCAUGUACAAACAAGUCCCUCUCUAUGGUAAUACACAUCUCGCCUAACUUUAUAUUUUUCUCACCACGUUGUUCCCUUUGUUCAAAAAGAAUUUUUAAACAUUAAGGAUGUGGUCAGUUGAAUAUCUUGCGGAUUGUUACUAUAUCGAAGGGAAAAAAAAUGUUUUACAAGCGUAAAGGUAAUCAUUAGUCACUACCCUAUAACUUAUGACAAAACAACUAUAUAUUCCAGUGAGAAGUUGAAAAACAAUGUAGAUCACUUUAAAUACUUAAUUACUGUUGUCUUGUGUAUGUUUAUCUUGAAAAGAUACACUUGAGGAUCAAUUAGCACCAUAUUGAUCAACCCUCACUAUUCUAUACCAAUUUUUGUUGUUUUGCGUUUGUUUUACUCUUGUUUGUUGUUGUAAUCAAAUGCGUCUAUAGCCAUCAAGGGAAACCACAAGGAUUGGUAAAAACAUACUUACAAAAAAGGGUAGAAAAAA